GCCGAGAGCGCUCUUUCGGCGGCUGAUUCAAACGUUUGGGCCGGGAUUUGGGGGCCUGAAGAAGCCGCGUAGCGGCGGAGUGGUUCCUGUUCUUCACUCCAGGGUGAAUUCCUGUGCAGUCCCGGGAGGAUCUCGGACGCUUAGGAGGCUGGUGCGUGAGGGAGAGAAUGGCGUUCUCGACCACAGUCUCCCAGAGAAAGUAUAUAAAACGGAAGGCUCCCCGGGGCUUUCUUAAGCGCGUCUUCAAGCGACAGAAGCCUCACCUUCGUCUAGAGACAAGUAGCGACUUACUGGUGCAUCUGAAUUGUUUACUGUUUGUUCAUCGGUUAGCAGAAGAGUCCAGAAUGAAUGCUUUUGAGAAUAAGUAUGGAAUCAUUAAAAAGGAGCAUGUACAGGCUGCAGCAAAGAUUACCAAAUUGUCUACAAACUUCAAGUUGGGAACCACUAAUCUGGGUACUUUUGGCUUACAUUUGAAGAAAUUGACAUUCAGAAGUUACUAUAAGACCAGACUUUGUAAUUCUAAAGAAGAGCAGAGGUUAGAAGUCAAAGAACACAUUUUGAAAAUUAUAUGAUGUUUUAUUUUAGAUGGUAACAGACUGUGAAAGCACUUUUUACGUAUCAGCUAAGUUUGUUUAUUAUUAAAAUAUUGACUAGUUGA